AUGACCAUUGACGAAGUGCAAGCCAACGGAUGGACUGCUGUUCCUGUCAGCGCCUUAAAAAUCUUCCAAGCCAGGGGACAACUUGACCCUCCAGCUGUGAUCGAAAUCGAGGAUGUGUACUUUCCAUCAGACAAUCUUCUUGUGACAGAGGCUCAAAACUUUGCAAGGACACGACUCUCCGCCGAAACGUAUAAUCACUCAAUGAGAGUGUUCUAUUGGGGCAACAUGAUCGCGAAGCAGCUUCUACCGGAGCACGCUACAACUUUGUCGCCUGUCACCUGGGCUCUUACCUGUCUACUACACGAUAUCGGAACUGCGGAUGCAUACUUCACAUCAACCAGGAUGUCCUUUGACAUUUAUGGUGGAAUUAGAGCCAUGGAGGUUCUGAAGGUUCUUGGAUCCACGCACGACCAGGCCGAGGCUGUUGCUGAGGCUAUCAUCCGCCACGAAGACAUGGGCAUUGACGGAACCAUUACGUUCAUGGGUCAACUGAUUCAGCUUGCCACGCUCUAUGAUAACGUUGGGAAAUAUGAGGAGAUCGAGGAAUUCGGAAGCAUGAUCCAUGAGACUACUCGAGAUCGAGUUAAUCGCACAUUUCCACGAUUGCGCUGGUGUAGCUGGUUUGCUGAAACAGUUCGGAAAGAGGAAAGUAACAAACCGUGGUGCCACACCACUCAUAUUCCUCAGUUUGACGCCAAGAUGGAAGCGAACACGCUGCAGAAAGCUUGGGAGUAG